AUGGAAAUCGGCACUCAUCUUCCAGUUCUCACACAAGACGACUAUAAUAACCUCCUCCAAGACAUCAUCAACAACAAUCCCAACAACAUGAAGAAACGUAAUGUCAAAGACAACCACGAACCCAACCAAGAAAGACAACACAAACAACAAAAGCAAAACAACAACACCAACAACAUUAAAGACAUCCUAGCUUCACUACUUCUCUUAGAAGAAGAAGAAACCAAAGAACAACAAAACCGGUUACUCGAUUCACAACAACACAAAGCCAUGUUCAAUUCCAACUUCAAAAACCAAACCCAAACCAUGAACAACUACAUGGAACAACUUCAAAACCAUUACACCGACUUAGAUCAAUCCCAUCACACCAAAUCCAAAAAAGCCCGUCUCACUGCUAUCGCAACUGCUUCCUCCAUCGCAUCCGGUUCAGACCAACCCGGUUCAACCCAAACCGGUUCAGAAUCCAAAGAAAGUAACCACCCGCAUCAACGGCGCCUAUGGGUAAAAGACCGGUCUAACAACUGGUGGGAGAAUUGCAACCGUGAAAACUUCCCGGAUGACGAAUUCCGACGAUGCUUCCGAAUGAGUAAAUCAACAUUCAACAUGAUCUGCAACGAGCUCGAUUCUUCAGUCACAAAGAAAAACACAACACUCCGCGAAGCUAUUCCGGUUCGCCAGCGUGUCGCGGUUUGCAUAUACCGCCUCGCAACCGGUGACCCGCUCCGGCUAGUUUCGAAGAAAUUCGGUUUAGGAAUAUCCACAUGUCAUAAACUUGUGUUGGAAGUUUGUUCCGCUAUAAGAACCGUUCUAAUGCCGAAGUUUCUCCGUUGGCCAAACGAAGAAACAAUGCAGAAAACGAAAAGAGACUUCGAGGGUAUUUUUGGUAUUCCGAAUGUAGGUGGCACAAUGUACACCACUCAUAUACCUAUAAUUGCACCUAAAGUGAAUGUUGCUUUGUAUUACAACAAGAAACACACUGAAAGGAACCAAAAAACGAGUUAUUCAAUAACGGUUCAAGGAGUGGUUAACUCGAAAGGGGUUUUUAAUGAUGUGUGUAUUGGUUGGCCCGGUUCAAUGCCAGACAGUGAAGUUUUGGAAAAAAGUGCUUUAUAUGAGAGAGCUAAAAGAGGUAACUUGAAAGAUAUUUGGAUAGUUGGAAAUUCGGGUUAUCCAGUUCUGGAUUGGGUUUUGGUGCCUUACAAGCAUAAGAAUCUGACGUGGACACAACAUGGGUUUAAUGAGAAGCUUGAGGAAAUUGAGAGAGUUGGUAAGGAAGCGUUUGGGAGACUGAAAGGGAGGUGGGGAUGUUUGCAGAAGAGGACAGAGAUUAAGUUACAAGAUUUGCCUAUUGUUCUUGGAGCUUGUUGUGUUCUUCAUAAUGUUUGUGAGAUUAUGAAUGAAGAAAUGGAUGAUGAGUGGAAAUUUGAUGUUGUUGAUGAUGAAAACGUUGUUGAGGAUGGUGUUUGUUCGGUUAGUUCGUUGAAAGCUAGAGAUCAAAUUGCGCAUUAUUUGUUGCAUCAUGGUCGUGCUGGGACUACUUUUUUGUAG